GUGCUCCCUUGCCUCUCGCACUGUGUGAAUGGUCCUCGCUCUUCUCAUCGUUUCUCUGGUUGUUGUUGUUUUCAUAGUCAUUCUUUAGGGUCAUGGCUGCUCAUUCCAACGAAGAACCGUUCCCUUUCCACGGGUUGCUCCCCAAAAAAGAGACCGGUGCGGCGUCUUUUCUCACCCGGAACCCAGAAUACGAUGGUCGGGGCGUCCUCAUCGCAAUACUGGAUACCGGCGUGGACCCGGGAGCCCCGGGACUGCAGACCACCACAGACGGCAAGCCGAAGAUCGUGGAUAUCAUCGACACGACGGGCAGCGGGGACGUGAACAUGUCCACAGUGCUCGAGCCCAAGGAGGGGUCGGUGGUGGGGCUGUCGGGAAGAACACUCUAUAUCCCCAGCACAUGGAUCAAUCCGUCUGGGAAGUAUCACAUCGGGGUCAAAAAUGGCUACGAGUUCUUCCCCAAAGCCCUGAAGGAAAGACUACAGAAAGAGCGGAAGGAGAAGAUCUGGGACCCCGCCCACAGAGCGGCCGUGGCAGAGGCCAGCCGGAAGAUGGAGGAGUUUGAGAGCGCACAUCCAUCCCCCUCUCAGACAGAGAAGCUGUGGAAGGAGGAGCUGCAGAGCCAGACAGAGCUGCUGGCCGCUCUGGAGAAGAAGUACAGCGACCCCGGGCCGGUGUAUGACUGUGUGCUGUGGCACGACGGGGUCACCUGGAGGGCGGUGGUGGACACUUCAGAGUCUGGAGACUUGGCAUCGUGCACUGUACUCAGCUCCUACAGAGAGAGACAGGAGUUUGCCUCACUGGGGAACUCUGAGAUGCUCAACUACUCCAUCAACAUCUACGAUGAAGGAAACACUCUGUGUAUCGUCACCAGUGGAGGCGCUCACGGGACGCACGUGGCCAGCAUCGCGGCGGGACACUUCCCCGAGGAGCCCGAGCGGAACGGCGUGGCCCCCGGGGCGCAGAUCCUGGCCCUCAAGAUCGGGGACACCCGCCUCAGCACCAUGGAGACGGGGACGGGCCUCAUCCGAGCGAUGAUAGAAGUCAUUAACUACAAGUGCGACCUUGUGAACUACAGCUAUGGAGAGGCCACACACUGGCCAAACUCAGGGAGGAUCUGUGAGGUGGUCAGCGAGGCUGUGCAGAAGCACAAUGUGAUCUAUGUGUCCAGCGCUGGCAAUAACGGCCCCUGCCUGUCCACUGUGGGCUGUCCCGGGGGAACCACCAGCAGCGUGAUAGGUGUCGGGGCGUACGUGACCCCUGACAUGAUGGUGGCGGAGUACUCCCUGAGAGAGAAGCUUCCAGCCAAUCAGUACACCUGGUCUUCACGGGGCCCGAGCACAGACGGGGCGCUGGGGGUCAGUAUCAGCGCCCCGGGGGGGGCCAUCGCGUCCGUGCCCAACUGGACCCUGCGCGGGACCCAGCUGAUGAACGGCACCUCCAUGUCCUCCCCCAACGCCUGCGGGGGAAUCGCCCUGCUGCUGUCAGGACUGAAGCACAGCGGUAUCCGCCCCACCAUUCACGCCGUUCGCCGCGCUCUAGAGAACACGGCGGCCAAAGUGGGCGACAUCGAGGUGUUCGCCCAGGGGCACGGAAUCAUUCAGGUGGACCGGGCGUUUGACUACCUCACGCAACAUGCUCCGCUGCCCACCGGUAACCUGGGCUUCGCCGUUACCGUGGGAACGCAGCGCGGCAUCUACCUCAGGGAUCCCGUCCAUGUCUCCGCCCCCUCUGACCACGCCGUGGGCAUCGAGCCCGUCUUCCCCGAGAACACAGAGAACACAGAGCGGAUCUCUCUCCAGCUGCACUUGGCCCUCACCUGUACUGCCUCCUGGGUGCACUGCCCCUCCUACCUGGAGCUCAUGAACCAGUGUCGCCACGUCAACGUGCGAGUAGACCCCCACGGGCUACGGGAAGGGCUGCACUACACUGAGAUUUGUGGUUAUGAUACAACAUCUCCCAGCUCGGGCCCACUGUUCAGAGUUCCUAUUACGGUUAUAAUACCCGCAAAGGUUGCAGAGGGCAGUAAUCAGGAGGUGUCCUUCUCGGACGUUCAUUUUAAACCCGGUCAGAUUCGACGGCACUUCAUCGCCGUCCCUCAGGGAGCGUCAUGGGCGGAGGUCACGCUCACCUCCCACUCGGGCGACGUUUCCUCCAAGUUCGUCCUGCACGCCGUCCACCUGGUGAAGCAGCGGGCCUACCGAGCCAACGAGUUCUACAAGUUCUCCUCCCUGCCUGAGAGGGGCGCUCUGACAGAGGCCUUCCCUGUGCUGCCAGGGAGGACGGUGGAGUUUUGCAUCGCCCGGUGGUGGGCUAGUCUGGGUGAUGUCAUCAUCCGUUACUCCAUCUCCUUCCAUGGGCUGUCCGUCUCCCCCUCCCCCCUGCACAUUCACGCGUCAGAAAUCAUCUCCAGCUUUGAAGUGCUGUCGCCUCUGAAUUACGAAGACAUCUCGCCCAAUGUCACGCUGAAGAACUGGGUGCAGCCGUUACGGCCCGUCAGUGCAAAGACUAAAGCUCUUGGUUUGCGGGACGUCCUACCCAACAAUCGACAGCUUUACGAGAUUGUCCUCACGUACAACUUCCACCAGCCGAAGAGUGGUGAAGUCACUCCCAGCUGCCCCGUCCUCUGUGAGCUGCUGUAUGAGGCUGAGUUUGACAGCCAGCUUUGGCUUCUGUUCGACCACAACAAGAGACUGCUGGGCUCUGGUGAUGCCUACCCACACCAGUACUCUCUGAAGCUGGAGAAGGGGGACUACACACUGCGUCUGCAGGUGCGGCAUGAGCAGGUGAGUGAGCUGGAGAGGCUGAAGGACCUGCCCUUCAUCGUGUCUCACCGCCUGUCCUCCACGCUCAGCCUGGACAUCUACGAGACGCACAAGAACGCCCUGCUGGCCAAGAAGAAGGCCAACUCCGUCACCCUGGCCCCCUGCUGCUCCCAGCCUUUCUACGUCACCGCCUUGCCUGACGACAAAAUUCCCAAAGGGACAUCUCCGGGCUGCUACCUGACGGGCUCUCUGGGGGUGGCGAAGAGUGAAUACGGGAAGAAAGCUGGCCAGGCCUCAGCAAAACGGCAAGGAAAAUUUAAAAAGGAUGUUGUGCCUGUCUUCUACCACCUGAUCCCUGCUCCCAACAAGCCCAAGAAUGGAGGGAAAGAGAAAGAGAAGGAUGGAGAAAAGGAAAAAGAUGUGAAAGACGAGUUUGCUGAUGCACUGAGAGACCUGAAGAUUCAGUGGAUGACAAAGUUAGACACCAGUUGUCUCUACGACGAGCUGAAAGAGAACUUCUCCUCCCACCUGCCUCUACAUGUCACCCGGCUCCACCAAUUGGACUCUGAGAAGGAGAGGCUAAAGCGGCUGGGCGAGAUCGUUGGGGCCGCGGACAUCGUGAUGUCUCACAUCGACCAGACGGCCCUCGCCGUGUACCUCUCCAUGAAGACCGACCCCCGACCGGACGCCGCCACCAUCAAGAGUGACAUGGAGAAGCAGAAGUCGUCCCUGCUGGACGCUCUGUGCAGGAAAGGCAGUGCGCUGGCGGACCAGCUCCUCCAGCUGAACCUGCAGGACGGCGCGAGUGCUGGCGAGGUGGGCAGCUCUGACGAUGACCCCGAGGGCGUGGCCAAGACCCUGACUGACACCUUCUGGGAGGUGCAGAAGUGGGCGGAGCUCACCGAUACUAAGGUUUUAACAUUUUCUUAUAAACAUUCAUUAGUCAAUAAAAUGUACGGAAGGGCCCUGAAGUAUUCAUCCAAGAUUGUAGAGGACAAACCCAGCAAAGAGAACUGGAAAAACUGCAUUCAGUUAAUGAAGUCUCUUGGCUGGACACACUGCGCAUCCUUCGCUGAGAACUGGCUUCCGGUCAUGUACCCCACUGAAUACACCCCCUUUUGAGCCAUGCAAUACAGCGCAACAUGCCAAGCAAGCAACACGCAACCACACAACCACACAACACACAACCACAGAACAGCCCACAGUGUCACAUACAACAGUUCCACAGGACAGCAGAAAGCAUGUCCAUAUGGAAUUACAAGCCCAGUGGAGAGACUAUCUCUGCCGCCAUAUCUUUCUUUCUCUCACACACACACACACACACACACACACACACACACACACACACACACACACACACACACACUCACACACACACUGGAUUGCUCAUUUUCCACUCUUUGUCAAGCUCCUGAUUGGUCAGCUUACGGCCUCGCUGUAUCCAAUCCUCACAGAGUGUUGCUGUGUACCACCAGGGACAGCUUCGCAUGAACAAAAAGCUCAUUUUACCCUGAUUUCAUAAACACUGUCUGGGGCUGAUAAAGACAAACCAGCCACAAACACAUCUUCUAUUGACCUCAGUCUGGCCAUGGUGAUUGACUCCUGUGUACACAUGUACAAACAUGCAUUGUUAAAACAAACUGUUCAGGGGCAGCACAUGACUUCUUAUUUUCUCUUCAUGUAACGGUAUGGCAUGUUUAAAGUGGUUUAGGAGCAUACGGCUUUUUAUUUUUAAUUCUGAUGGAAUUCAAAUCAGUUCAUUUAUCCCGUCGGUGUAAAUGACCAAGUCUAGUAAGAUGGCUUGGAAUGGCCCUUACCGAUGGUUUUUUUGUUUUUCGUAUCUAAUAUUCAGUACAUAAUCACAACCAUUUUGCCAAACUAGAACUUUUUUGGUUUAAAGGGAAGGCAUGUUUGUAACUGUGGAGAUGACCAGUAAGUGCGGCCUUUUGAGGCUGCUGUCGGUUUGGUGUCGUCUUAAGCCGACCAUAGAGUCGCUAGAGUAGGUGUGCUCGUUACAUGCAUGGGUAGAAGGUGUGCAAGAGCUGGAUCGUAUUAGUAUCUAACCGAAUGAGAGUCUGUUUGAAUAUGAAUGUAAUUCACCCUGAAGGAAUCGGUUGUAAUUCUAGAAAUUUGUAAGGCUAUCGCCGGUCGUGAAGUGAGCAGUUCCACUGCGAAGGGCGUGGAGCUUUGGGCCUGUCUGACAGCGCUCUUGUGUCUCGUCCAGUAAGUCCUGUCACAAUACCAGCUCCAGGCUGGCCACGUCCUGAGCUGGAGCGUCAUCGGUUUCCAUGUUUUUGAAGCCUCUUGUGUUUUUGUGUCGAGUAAAGUGUCCCUUUGUUUCUCAGUCAACAUACUUUAAAAGGCCUUAACCAUUCAGUCCUUUCUUCCCGGAGCCCGAGACCCACUCAUAUCACCAACAUAUUUUGUUAGUCGUUUUAGAUAAUGUAUUUAUGGAUUCCUUUUAUUUAUAAAAGCAAACCGUUACAGCCAAUAUUUAUAAGGAACAUUUUGAUUAUUUUAUAACCAUUAUCCCUCAGCAACAUGAGAACUACAAACAAGAUAUUUUAACACAAUAUAUGUAUACAAUUGUCAUAAAUAGGAAAAUAAUUCUGAAUAAAAUUAAUUGAAAAUGGGAA